UUUUCAGUUAAACAAUACGAACCUGAACUUUUUGUCCAGUCAGGCAAUAGCUAAACCAGAGAGAAGAAAUCAAACGAAUCGAAACAGUACACCAGAUUGGCUUUGAGCAACGAUUCCGAAAUUAGGGAUUUCAAUUUCAUCAAUUUCAUUAGCUACAGCUCCAAUUGAAGAACAAGUUACUGGAUUCAUUCACUAUAUUGAACAUGGGGGAUGGAAGGGCAAAUAAUCCGAAUUCCCAUUCUAACAACAAUAGCAGUAGUAACAAGCCUGAGUGGCUGGAGGAGUACGAUGUGAUUGGGAAAAUCGGGGAGGGUACUUAUGGGUUGGUUUUCUUGGCGAAGGUUAAGUCGAAUCGCUCGAAACCCAUUGCAAUCAAGAAGUUCAAGCAGUCCAAGGAUGGCGAUGGCGUCUCACCCACUGCUAUUCGUGAAAUUAUGUUGCUUCGGGAGAUCUCACAUGAGAACGUAGUAAAACUCGCGAAUGUGCACAUCAAUCACGCCGAUAUGUCACUUUAUCUAGCAUUUGACUAUGCAGAGCAUGAUCUUUAUGAAAUCAUCAGACAUCACAGAGACAAGGUGAACCAGGCAAUCAAUCCGUACACUGUCAAGUCUUUAUUGUGGCAGCUUCUUAAUGGUCUAAAUUAUCUUCACAGUAACUGGAUUGUUCACCGAGAUCUAAAGCCGUCAAAUAUCUUGGUAAUGGGUGAUGGAGAAGAACAAGGAGUAGUAAAAAUUGCUGAUUUUGGCCUUGCAAGAAUUUACCAAGCUCCUUUAAAGCCACUAUCUGAAAAUGGGGUUGUGGUGACCAUUUGGUAUCGUGCACCUGAGUUACUCCUUGGUGCAAAACACUAUACAAGUGCCGUUGACAUGUGGGCUGUUGGCUGCAUAUUUGCUGAGCUUUUGACUCUGAAACCACUAUUUCAAGGGCAAGAAGUAAAAGGAACUAUUAACCCAUUUCAGCUCGAUCAACUUGACAAAAUAUUUAAGGUCCUAGGUCAUCCAACACAAGAGAAGUGGCCUACACUAGUGAACCUUCCACACUGGCAAUCUGAUUUACAACACAUUCAAGGCCAUAAGUAUGAAACUGCUGGUCUCUACAAUGUAGUUCAUCUCUCUCCCAAAAAUCCAGCAUAUGACCUCCUCUCCAAGAUGCUCGAAUAUGAUCCUCAAAAAAGACUAACAGCUGCACAGGCUCUUGAGCAUGAGUACUUUCGGAUGGAACCUUUGCCAGGAUGCAAUGCACUGGUACCUCCACAACCAGGAGAGAAAGUUGUAAACUACCCAGCUAGACCAGUGGACGCAAGCACUGAUAUUGUAGGAACAAUUAGUCUUCAACCUUCUCAGCCGGUAUCAUCUGGAAAUUCUGUAUCUGGGGCAAUGUCAGGUUCCCAUGUAAUGCAAACGAGAUCCAUGCCUCGGUCAAUGCCCAUGGUUGGCAUACAGCGGAUGCAACCUCCGGGUAUUCCAGCUUAUAACCUUUCCCAAGCAGGAAUGGGUGGCGGAAUAAAUCCCGGCAACAUUCCAAUGCCGCGAGGUGUUGCGCCGCAAGCUCAUCAACAGCACCAGAUGAGAAGGAAAGAAUCAGGAAUGGGGAUGACUGGAUACCCUCCACAACCGAAAUCAAGGCGCUUCUAAGUUUCUUGAUUUAAGGGCGAUGAAAUCUGGAUGCUGAAUUUACCCGGAUUUCAAGUUGAAAUGGAACUGGUGUGGCAAGACAACGGUAAACAAUGCUGCGUUCCUGAUUAUGAAAGCUCAAAUUAUAUACUGUCAUGAAGAAGGCUAAUUCGAGAAAAACAAUAUUUUUGAACACUUGCCCUAAUUGCAUGUCCGUAGAUUGUCUUGCAAGGGUUGCAGAAGAAGGAUAAGUCCCUAGAUCUCUUGCUUGCUAUGAGUAUAAUUUGAACAUUAUUUAGGUUUGACUCCCCUUAUCCAUGGUGGUAUCAUUAAUGGCUAUAGAAAUUGGCAUUCCCAUGAAUUCACAGUGUAUAAGUUGUAUUUCUAUUUCGUUUACCUGUUUAAUAUUCUAUUCAUAGAAAAAUCUAUAAUCAGUUGUACUUUUAGCAUGUACUGCCCGGUGAAGUUUUUCUUUCGAGACACUAGAAUCAAGCAUGCUGAAGGAAUGUCUACUGCCCCUUUUGUUUUCUUUGA